UGUCUACUCAUUCCCUUACAACUAAACCGGUAUCUCAAUAUGGAUCCCUCUCAGCCCGCGGUGUCCAGCACCCUCGGGGAAGCCAAGUACCUCGAGUUUCCCUGUCUUCCGGACGGCGCAAAGAACGAGGAUGGCACGCCCGCGUUGAACCGGUAUUCGUCGCAUAUCACGCGGGGUCAUGAUUUUCCUGGCGCGAAGGCAAUGCUCUACGCGGCCGGCGUCCCCGAUCAGAAAGCCAUGGCCACGAGCCCCCAGGUCGGCGUCGCGUCGGUGUGGUGGGAGGGCAACCCAUGCAACAUGCACCUGUUGGACCUGGGCAAGACAACCAAGAAGGCGAUCACAGAUAACGGCAUGAUCGGGUGGCAGUACAACACCAUCGGGGUAUCGGAUGCGAUCACGAUGGGAAGCGAGGGAAUGCGCUUCUCGCUCCAAACGCGCGAAAUCAUCGCCGACAGCAUCGAAAGCGUCACCUGCGCGCAAUACCACGACGCCUGCAUCGCGAUCCCAGGCUGCGACAAGAACAUGCCGGGCGUGGUGAUGGGCAUGGCGCGCCACAACCGCCCCUCGAUCAUGAUCUACGGCGGCACCAUCCAAAUCGGGUACUCGAACCUCCUGCGCAAGCCGAUCAACGUGUCGAGCUGCUUCGAAGCCGCCGGCGCAUACGCCUACGGAACCCUCCGCCAGCCGACCGACGACGGCGGCGACACCAGCAAGAGCGCGGACGAGAUCAUGGACGACCUGGAGCGACACGCGUGUCCGACGGCCGGCGCCUGCGGGGGUAUGUUCACUGCGAACACCAUGGCGACCGCCAUCGAAUCAAUGGGUCUCUCCCUACCGGGCUCAUCGUCAACGCCCGCGUCCUCGCCGUCCAAGAUGCGCGAGUGCGCCAAAGCAGCAGACGCGAUCCGCGUCUGCAUGGAGCAGAACAUCCGGCCGCGCGACCUGCUGACCAAGCGAUCGUUCGAGAACGCACUCGUCAUUACAAUGGCACUCGGCGGGAGCACCAACGGCGUGCUGCACUUCCUGGCCAUGGCGCGCACAGCCGGCGUCGAGCUCACACUAGACGACAUCCAGCGCGUCAGCGACAAGAUCCCCUUCAUCGCGGACCUGGCUCCCAGCGGGAAAUACUACAUGGCGGAUCUGUACGACAUCGGGGGCAUUCCGUCCGUGCAGAAGCUGCUUGUCGCAGCGGGGCUGCUGGACGGGGACAUCCCGACCGUGACGGGGCGGACGCUGGCGCAGAACGUAGCGGCGUUCCCGUCGCUGCCGGCCGACCAGGUGAUCAUCCGGCCGCUGGACCAGCCGAUCAAAGCCACGGGCCACUUGCAGAUCCUGCGGGGGAACCUCGCGCCGGGGGGCGCGGUGGCGAAGAUCACGGGCAAGGAGGGACUGUCGUUUACGGGGCGGGCGAGGGUCUUCGAUAAGGAGUGGAGGCUGAACGAGGCGUUGGAUCAGGGGCGGAUUCCGCGCGGGGAGAACCUGGUGGUUAUUGUGCGGUAUGAGGGGCCGAAGGGCGGGCCGGGCAUGCCUGAGCAGUUAAAGGCCAGCGCGGCGCUCAUGGGGGCCAAGCUAACGAAUGUGGCGCUUAUCACGGACGGGCGGUACUCUGGGGCUAGCCAUGGGUUUAUUGUUGGGCAUAUUGUGCCGGAGGCGGCGGUGGGUGGGCCCUUAGCGGUGGUGCGUGAUGGGGAUAUGAUUACUAUUGAUGCGGAGACGAACUCGAUCUCUAUGGAUGUGUCGGAUGAGGAGCUGCAGCAGCGGAUGCGCGAGUGGAAGCCGCCUGUGCCGCAUGUUACGCGCGGCGUGUUGGCUAAGUAUGCGCGGUUGGUGGGGGAUGCGUCGACGGGGGCGAUGACGGAUCUUUUCUAA